AUGUCAACCCUCAACCUGCCCCCGUACCGCAAUCCCGAAGACUCCGAUAAAUACGACACCAAACCCCUCCCUCCUCGAUUCCUCUACUCCCUAGACGACGACAACCACUCCGAGCAAAUGAAAGACCACCUAGAAGGCCUAGACUACGGAAACGCCCCCCAGCCGAGUGGUCUCAGUGCUCUCCAUCAACUUCUACCGGAUAGCCCUGAAUACCUGGGUUUAGAAGAAGAGCCUAUUGAGGGACCGGAUAAGCCGGGGAUUUUGAUACAUUCUGCUGCACAAUGGGUCAUGCGGCCUGAUGAGUGUCGAUGGGUUUAUGGGCAGUAUAAGAAGGCAGAGAAUGAAGGUAUAACUGAACUGGGAGUGUGGAGUAUGGGGCGUUGGAGGGAGUGGAUGAGACUGUUUGGGUUUGUCAUGUCGGAUAAGCGGUUUGUGCAGAAGGCCAGGGCUAGGGGUGUUGCUGAACGGGCGUAUAGACAGAUGCUUAUGAUUGAGGAGUAUGAGCAUAAUUAG